AUGAGAACCAUCGGCCUCAGAACCAUUGGCCUCAGAGUCAGAACCAUCGGACUCAGAGUCAGAAGCAAUGGCCUCAGAGUCAGAACUAACGGCCUCAGAACCAUCGACCUCAGAGAAAACACAAUGGGUUGUUCAGCUUCUCAAGUACAUAUUGACUCUAGAAGCACUGGUAUGCAGAAACCCCAUCUUCCCCAGUCUGGGACUUUCUCAGCCACAACCAGUGGAGCGUCCUCGACCUGGAUGUCUGUGGAUGUAGACAAAUUGUUGAUGGCUGAAGGAUAUGAUGAAACAAGAAGCGAUGCAUUUCAUUGGUGGAAUGUUGUGGACAAACUCAACACGCCAACACCGAUGACUGUGAUACCAGACACAAAGAGAAAAACAUGGAAGACAAUUCGCUUAUUUGUCAGCAGUACUUUUAAAGACAUGAAUUCUGAGAGAGAACAUUUGGUGAAGCAAAUAUUCCCGCAGCUUCGUCAGUGGUGUGAGGGGAGAAAACUCCGGUUGAUAGAGUGUGACUUGCGCUGGGGAAUCCCCAAAGACUCUGACACCAGCAAAACCCUCAUUGGUUGCUUGUCUCAGAUUGACAGGUGUCGUGAGGAAAAUGGGUGUCCGUACUUCCUGUGUAUGUUGUCAGAGAGAUAUGGCUGGUGUCCGCAGCCUACAGAGGUGCCAGAUCAUAUCAAAUCCAGGUACAAGUGGAUGCCUGGUGUGUCGGUGACGUCACUGGAGAUCCUAACAGGGGCAUACUGGGACCAUAACCCAAAUGCCUUAUUUAUGUUGCGAUCGUCAGAGUUUCUGGAAAAUGUGAAGGACUCGGAAUGUAGAGCUUCGUGUACAGAAAGUAAAGAAUCUCCAAUGCAGUCACUUUGUACCUUGAAAGGUAAACUGCGAGAACGGUUUCCCCAGCAGGUGAGGGAGUACAGGACAGAGGUCUCUCACCCUAACUCCCAAACAUUACAGCUGACAGGACUCGAGGACUUUGGCCAGACUGUUCUGGAGAACUUCAAGGUUCUCAUUGACAAACAAUAUCCAUCAGACUGUCUGGGAGAGGAUCUGAGUAUAGGGGAGAUACAAAGACUAGAGCAUGAGAACUUCAUGAUUCAGAGGUCACAGGUGAGGUCAUGGGAACUUCAUGGUUCAGCAGGAGGACCUCCUGAUUCAGAGGUACUCUUAGGGCGGGAUGAGGUUCUCAAAGAGGUCAGAGGGUAUAUUGAGGAAGAUAACUCUAGUCCACCUUCAUUGGCUUUGGUGGGCUCGCCAGGUGCAGGGAAGAGUGCGGUCCUGGCUUUUUGUUCAAAAGAGUUUACGGCUAAACCAAAAUACAAGACUUUCUUUCAUUUCGUGGGUGCUACGCCGGGGUCUACCGACCUUUACCAAGUGCUCAAUCGUCUAUGGACGGAUCUGGCACCUACCGAAGAGAAGAUACCGUCCGACUUAGACGAGAUGGUCAGGUCUAUGGAGACACUGUUCCUUCGCGCCUCGAGAAUUGCGAAAAAGGAAGGCUUCAAAAAACUAGUGCUAUUCAUUGAUGCGCUGAAUCAGAUGGAUGAUGAAGGUAACGCUCAGUCAUUACGCUGGCUACCAAGUCGUUUCCCAGGUAACAUGAGAGUGGUGGUCAGUACAUUGGACGGGAAGUGUAGAGACUCUCUGAGAAACAAGAAACCUCCUGCCAGAGAAGUUUUUGUUGAACCUCUGGACUACGACAUCAGGAAGCAGAUUGUAACACAGAUACUGGCGGAGUUUAGCAAAACCUUAGAUUCAGAGCAGCUGAGUACUAUGGUGUCCAAGGAAGACGCUGGUCGUCCAUUAUGGCUCUCAGUGGCAUGUGAGGAACUCCGUAUCUUUGGCAGUUUUUCUGGACUUUCACAGAAAAUAGUUGAUCUUCCUGGACAACUUAUCGGCCUGCUUGACAUGGUGUUAACUCGUAUAAUCAGCAGCUAUGGAGAAGACCUAGUAAAAGCCACCCUCUGUCUGAUAGAGGCUUCGAGGUUUGGUUUGCUAGAGACUGAGCUAGUGGAGCUGUUAGCUGUGGACCCGGUCAUACCGCCAGUGAGUGGCUCCAAGGCGGAAAGGUACAGAAAGACCGAAGAUAAGAUUCCCAUGGCAAAGUGGGCGUUGAUAUUCCUUGGGUUGAAGCAGUAUUUGAGACCGUCUGGUAAUUCUGGAGAAGGUCGCCUGGACUUCUAUCAUCGGACCAUCAGUAAAGUCGUUCGUAAUGUAUACAUGGGAAAUGAAGCAGACACCAUAAAGUGGCACACACGAUUGGCUGAUUUCUUUGAAAACUGCCAUGACGCGGAAAGGAAGGCAGAAGAAUUACCAUACCACUGUGAGGCCAUCGGUGACUUUAAACGAUUGAAGGCGUGUCUUCUGGAAAUGGACGUCUUCAAGAUUUUAUACCAGGAAAGCACAAAGCUGCAGUUAAUGAAAUACUGGCAGCUGAUUGGUGGAUAUGAAAUUGCGGCUGAAGCGUAUGUGAACGCUUUAGCCAUGUACAAAAAGGAGAAUAAUCUAGUGGACAUUGACGAGAUAGAGCCCGUACAGGUGAGGGUAGCCUGGUUUAUUCUGGACAUUGGCCAGUACGACCUGGCUCAGUCUCUGCUGGAGGAGGUAUUAGAACAGCUCCGGCAGAAGUACGGGGAGGAGUGUAAACUGAUGUCCGGCUGUCUAGUGGCACUUGUCACGCUCUUCUACAGACACGCACUGAAGUUUGUGUAUGGCUCUAAUCCAGCGUUACAGCACUGUAAACGAAUGGGUAAAAUAUAUGGAGCACUUUGCGUGAAGGUUUACAAGAAAUUCUGGCCAAAGACUGAUCUUGAACUGGGCAGGAAUCUGGCUUUGUGCAGUUACUUCUGUCGCGAGGUGAUAGACGAAGCUCAAAACAUCCUGGAGAAAGUGGGAGAAAAACGCGCCUUGGCGCAUGUCCUGUACACCAAAGCCACGGCAAACCAGUACAACGAUGACAUAAAUGUUCCUGUCAAGCUAUUUGAGCGCUCCCUUGAGCUCUGCAUGCUUGAGUUUGGCAAGUAUCACAUCCAGACAGCACGAUGUUACCAGCUCUAUGGCCAGCUAUACUGGAACCGAUAUGCAAGGUUGGAUCCCGGAAGACGAGACUGGCUAGAAAGUUCGCUCCCUUUGUACGGACAUGAGCUAGAGAUUCAAGAAGAGCUGUUAGGUCCAACUCAUCCAAUCACGGUCCGAGCUCGACAGGACAACAUAAUUGUGUUAACGUCAUUGGGCAGAAAAAAUGAAGCGGAGGAAUUAAAGGAAAAACAGCCUCAUGAUCACGAGGCGUUGUAA